AUGACAGUUCUUGAUCAUGUGGAGAAUCAACGAGAUAUAUUUCCGAAGGCUGUAACAGAAAUAACGGAAAAUAUAUUUGUCGACGACGUUUUGACUGGUGAUAGUACCGUGGAGGAGGCUUCAGUACUAGCGUUGGCUCUCAAGACGGUUCUGGGAUCAGGGGGUUGGCCACCGAGUUUACGAUCCCUUAGGAAUGGUUCAGUCAUUGCCAAGCAGAUUUUCCAGAGGUCAUGGUUGACCGGCCUAGACUGGACUGAGCCUGUACCAGAGGAUCUAGAGCAACAGUGGUUGAGAUGGAAGAAUGAAGUUCCUGACCUUGAUGAGAUCAAGGUAGCGAGAUGUUUGAUUCCUGACGAUUUCACAACACCAACUUAUACCCUGCAUGGAUUUGGAGAUGCCAGUGAGGCAGCUUAUGGUGCAGCCGUUUAUUUGCGUGAAGCGGAUACAGGAUCAGACAGAGUUCACACAGCAUUACUAUGUGCCAAAACAAGAGUUGUACCUGUCGGGAAAAGGCGAACUAUCCCAGAACUAGAGUUGAUGGCCGCCCUCAUAAAUGCACGAUUGAUCAACUAUGUUGAAAAGGAGCUGAAGCUGAAGAUAGAUGACAAGGUGGAGAUAUGUCCCUGGGAAGCAAAAUCCAGCGGAUCUUUGUUCAAGAGGAAUAUCAGCGAGUGUCUUGGUAGAAGCAACAUUGUGGUGGAUGGACCUUCAUUUCUGAGAAGUGAUGAAGAGUGGCCAAGUCAACCCGUUGUGGAGUUAGCGAGAAUAGAAGAAGCGGAGAAGAAGUCUAAACACAAAAUCGGUGUCUUCAGCGUCACUGAAUCAGAUCCCGAUGAACCCGAUCAGCAAGAGAACUUGGUGAAAAGGUUUUCAUCUCUUCAGAAGUUCAUCAGGGUGAUGACAAUAGUGAGAAGCUGGCUGAAACAUCAUAGAGAGAAGAAGACAGGUUUAGACGAGGGGAGCGUAGAUGAGGGGAGUAUUGGUGUUACUGUCACAGACCGAGAGGAAGAAGUGUUGAAAUGGAUCCAAUGGGCUCAACGAAAGAAUUUCAGAGAAGAAAUAGAGAGUUUAAAAAGGGGCGAGAAUGUUCCUAAAAACAGCAAGUUAGGAAAGUUGGAUUCAUAUUGGGAUGACGAGAAGGAAGUUCUCAGAGUAGGAGGACGCCUGCAAUACAGUAAACUCCCAGAGGAAACGAGAACCCCAUCAUUCUUCCAACUCAUAACCAUUUCAUUGACAAGCUUGUUAUGCAUUAUCAUACUACGAAUCUUCACAUAG